GGAAAAAUGAUACGAAGUUUGGGCAAAUUGUCAGGUUUGCGCAGCCACUCGGUUGUUGAAGUGAAAAGCAAAUUUGGUGCAGAAUUUAGGAGAUUUUCUCUGAAUUGCUAUGAGCCUGGUGUGUUUAAGGACUUUUAUCAGUUUAUCCUGAACCUACACCAGCUGUUUCCCACAGAAAUCUACAUCAGCUAUGCAGAUGUACAUGGAGACUUACUGCCGAUAAAUAAUGAUUAUAAUUUCUAUAAAGCAGUUUCUACUGCACAGCCACUACUUCGCAUCUUCAUCCAGCUGCAAGAAGAACUGGACCAAGGUAACAUUAUUAGCAAAUGUGUGACCCGGAGAAAGAAAUCCACCAUAACAGUUAGUGCUGAUGUCAGCCACAGAGGCCAUGUUCAGAUUGGAAGUCCCCAGAAUUUCCGUCCAGUUUCCUCCAUAAUUGAUGUUGACAUCUUGCCUGAAUGCCACAGAAGAGUUCGUCUGUACCACCAGGGCUCAGACAGGCCUCUGGGUUUCUUCAUCCGUGAUGGAAUCACUUUCAGUGUAACUCCUCAUGGACUUGAGAAAGUUCCAGGAAUCUUUAUCUCACGUAUCGUUCCUGGAGGAUUAGCUGAGAGCUGUGGUCUUUUGGCCAUUAAUGACCAGAUCCUGGAGGUCAACGGUAUUGAAGUGAUAGGGAAGACCCUGGAUCAGGUUACAGACAUGAUGAUUGCUAACAGCCGCAACCUAAUCAUCACUGUAAAACCAGCAAACCAGACCAAAAGUAUAAGAAAUCCCAUCAUCUCUCGAAACCCAGAACUCCAACUUGAUGGCAAGGGUUCCAUAAGCUACCCAGGACUUCCUAUUAUUAUGCAAGCCUAUGAUUGGAUGCGUAACGACUCAGUGAGUGAUGAUGAUUCAGACAUGGUUGUGGACAAUACUGUGAAAUUCUCAUCCCAGUGCUCGAGUGCCUCUCCGUCUUCUCAAAUUAGCAUUCACAAUCACCACAGAAAUGGCCAUCCCUACUCUCAAGAACUGUGUCAUUCACAGCCCUGCCUCAAUUUCACAGCUAAUGCGGGGCCCAUUUCAUUACAGAGAGAACAGAGCUCACGGCAGCAUUAUCAGGGCAACCCAGCAUUCAGACAGAGAACGUCUAGCACCUUUGACAUCUUGGGUGCAUUAAGCCCAGAUCUGCAGCAGCGCCUCAUGAUACCUCAAUGGGCCAUGGAGGAGGAUGGAACUGCUAUUACUUUAUGAUACUAACUUUAUUUAAAUCUCUAUACUAAGGCAAUUUUUGGGCACAUUGAUUUUUUUUUAUGGAACAUAAACCACUGUACAAAAUAUUUUACAAUGGAUAUCAUAUUAACUCUUGAAAUCAAUUUUCAUUUUAAAGUAUAACUAUUAAUACAAAUAUAUUUAGUUAUUCCCCAUUAAUGCUCUCUCUAAAUCUGCUAUAAUAGCUAAAAAACUUUCAAAUAUUUUUGAUUACCUUCCUGGUGUGUGUGUGUGUGUGUGUGUGUGUGUGUGUGUGUGUGUGUGUGUGUGUGUGUGUGUGUGUGUGUGUGUGUGUGUGUGUGUGUGUGUGAUAUUUGAAAUUCUACUGUGUCCUAACUCCGUUAAAAAAUUAUAUUACAAUAUUGUUCCAGCUUUAGUGUUGUAUCUGUUGAAAAACCUGUACAUUUGCUCAUUUAUGCAGUUAUCCAGCUUCAGUUAUUGUUCACAUCAAGCAUGAGAUUCCAAUGUGAAAUCACUGACUUUAACCGAGGCAUGUUUGUUGGUUCAAGCUGACCAGUUUUGAGUAUUUCACAUGCUGAUCAGGGAUUUUCAGACAAAACUGUGCUUGAGGGGGGAUGAGCUACAUCAGAAGACCACUCCUGAAGCUAUCAAAGGCACAUACUGUACUCAACCAAUCUGUACAGCUGAAGAUUAAAAAAGUCCAAGUGACCAGAAGAGUUUGGGUAAGUCUGUGCCAAUCAUAGUCUGAAGUUCUUGCUCUUGGCAGACAGGAGUGGAACCUGAUGUGUUCUUCUGGUGUUGUAGCUCAUCCAUUGCAAUGUUUGAUGCUUUGUGUGUUCUUUUCUGCUUACCGCAGUUGUUAAGAAUGAUAAUUUGAGUUCCUUCCUGUCAACUCAGACCAGUCUGAUUAUUCUCCUCUCAUCUCUGAUCAGCUACACACCCUCCAAUCACAAGAUGUGCACCAUUCUGUAUGUGUGAAAUUCCCAGGAAAUAUAUCUGAAAUACUUAAACUAUCCCAUUUGCCACCAAAAACUAUACUACGGUUAAAGUAUCUAAGAUCACAUUUUCUCCAGUCUGAUUCUGAUUCAUGAUGUGAACAUUAACUGAAACUCUUGACCUGUAGCUGUAAGAUUUUAUGCAUUGUGCUGCUGCCGUGUUUGGAUGACUAGAUCCAGGUAAAGGUUAGUUUAGUGUUUAAAAGUUAAUUUAGUUUAUAUUAAAGUAGUUGGUAAGUAGAUAUACUGUAUUUGGUUUUUAAUGUUGAAUGUGAUAUUAAAUCGAUUUGUGUUUUUAUGAUUUUCUGUUCAGGAACAGAAUAAGGAAAGGCAUAUUUCAAGAUAAACUUAUUAGCUGAUGUCAGGUGUCAUGUUGUGUGAUGAUUAUCAUAGAUAGCAUCAUCAUAGUUUUACUCCACAUCACUACAUUGCCACCACAUUCGCCUGCGUCUUGCACAGGAUUAGGCUUAGGGUUAGGAAAGUCUGUAAAUUAAAAGCACUCAUUUUUCAAGCUAAAAUAUAUGGAAAUGUAUGAAAAAAAAACAUUUUGGGGAGGAAAAACUCCCAUGUUUCCCAUUUCAUGACAAAGUAGAAAUAAAAAAUCUUGGAACGUUUU